AAAUUGUUCCGAUAUAUUUAUUAUAUAUAGUUACGGAUCCGAAAUAUUAGAUUCAUAUAAUGAUGGCAAAUACAAUCUUUACUCAAACGAUUACUUGCUUAGCCGUAGGGAAAUAUCCAGCUUCAAAUGUUGAUCAUCCCAAUAUUCAUCCCCUUCGAUUCAACUCCAAACUCAAAGAAAAUAAUCGCUUUUCAGUUCCUGAAAAGAACCUAGCCUUGAGAUUUCAAAAUGGUUCCACAAGAAAGAUGAAUAUGGCUGUCUACGCUAGCAUAAUACCAGGAGACCCUAUUGAUCCUUCUCCUGGUUCUCCUGGUUCUUGGAAAAUUUGGAUUAUUGGCACAAUAUUCACGAUACUUGUAUCCUUUACGAGGGGCAAAUGGGGACCCUUGCUACAAUUGAAAGAGAAAGUUGAAACAACAAUAGACGAAGCACAACGAGUAGUAGACAUUAUAGAGGACGUGGCUGAGGGGGUAGAUAAGGUGGCAGAAGAGGCUGUGAAGCAUCUUCCCGAUGGAAAAUUUCGUGAUGCUGUUGAAUUUGUUGAAAAAGUAGCUGAAGAUAUAGAUAAGGGUGCAGAACGUGCAGAAGAUGCAUUAGAAAAGGUGGAGAACAUGGAAAAGGAGUUUGAGUCCUUCAUUGAAUCAACCACUCAUCAUCAGGAAAAUUCCGUCACAACGACCGCAGAAGCAAAGGAACAUAAGUAGAAAAAGACACCGUUGCUGACCAUGGCGACAAUUCAUGUACUAAAAAAAUUCAACACGACAUUUCAAUAUUUUUUUUAAACAUACUUGUACAAAUUUCCCCUCCUAAGAUAUAAUUCUUUUCUCGCGCAUAACAUUAUGAACAAUUGAUUCCGUGUUGAAAGAUGCAUGCUUAUUUGUUAUAUA